AUUAUUAAUAUUCACAUUCCAGUUUUUGGUUGUUCUCAUUGGGCCUAAUAUCAAAUAAUAACAUUUACUCAGUAAGUAUUUCAUUAUAUAGAUAUUGCAGUUAGUUUGGAUUUAAUCGUGUGAUAUUUGUUUUCCAAGAUGCAGACCUGUCGUUUAGCAGCUUGCUGUUGUGCUCCACAACGUUUCUCAAAGAAAGUUUGGAAAAUGUAUAAUUUAAAUGUCCCAUAUUUCAAAUAAAAUGCAUCUUAAAGGACUAGUGUGUAAUUUGGCAGCAUCUAGCGGUGAUGUUACAGAUGCCAACCAACUAAAACUUCACCAGGCCUCAAAAGGUUCUGGUCCUCCCUUCAGAUAGCAGUGAACCCACCCAUGAAUAAAUAAACUGGGACAGGUCCAAUUAUAAUAUAUAAUAUUUGGGAAUGACGGACCCACUUUAUCUUUUGGGAUCUGCAUAAUCUUCAUACUGAAUCUGGAUUUUUUGUCAUGCAAUAUAGACUUUGAGAAGUAAAUCUUAAUCUCCUUCGCUGGCUUCUUUGUAAUUUGUAACGACAGCAUCUGCACAGCACACAGAAGUCCGGGUUCUAUAUUCGUUCUUAUUAAAUGUGUCCUUCCCAUCCAUGAAACUGGUAAAUUAUACCAUCUAGUAAAGUCACUCCUCAUGUCCAUAAGUAAAUUAUACAAGUUCAAUCUUAAAAUAUCUGCAACACUUGAAGUUAUGGAAAUCCCAAAGUAUAUAUAUUCCAUGGUAGAACAACAAAAUGGAAAGUCUGGUAAGUUUAGUGUGUCCUCAUACCCAAGUGGCAUUGCUACUGAUUUGUCAAAAUUAAUGUUGUAUCCUGAAAGAGAACAGAAGGUCUGUAUAAUUGACAUUACAGCUGGGAGGAUUCCUGUGGGUUGGCAACAAAUAAUGAGACGUCGUCUGCAUAUAGAGUGAUCUUGUAUUUGGCAGGUCACAUUUGGAUUCCUGAUAUAACUGUUGUGGUUUCUAAAGCCUCAGCAAAUGGUUCAAUUGCUUCAGAGAUAUUAAGUGUGUAUAAUGGAUCCCCUUGACGGGUAGACCUCCCAACAUGAAAUCUGUCAAUUGCAUGCUAUUAACCAGCACACAAGCCUUCGCUGAAUGGUUUAUCAACUUCACUACAUUAAUGUAUCUCCCGCCAACGCCAAAUCAUUCCAUAGUAAUGAAUAAAUAAGGCCACUCUGUUCAAUAGAAGGCCUUUUCCUGCGUCGCGCAAAAUAACAAGACCAUGCUUUUAAUUGAUUUUCGUAUAUUGGAUAAUUUUGAGCAAUUUCCUCAUUAUAGUUUGAGACACCCUAUUGUUUUAAUGAAGCUUGUUUGGUCCUCUUUAGUUAUAAGAGGUAAGUAUCCCUCAAGCCUUCUCUGCAAUAGUUUGUAGAAUAUUCCACUAUAUACGUUUGUUAAACUAAUGAGGUGAUAUGAACGCUGACAUCUGGGGGUUCCCCCUCCAAAAACACUUUGUAAAGUUUCGGAGAAAACUUCAUGGUUUGGGUCAAAAUUGCUACGUUUCUAAAGGGAACAUGAAACUUAAAACAGGUACAGGAUAUGAUCAGCUGUCUCUCAAGUGAAGCGUAUCUUGUGAACACAAACAUCUCCUUGUUUCAACUUGAACACCGUCUCUUAAAUGAAAGCCCAGUGUUUGUUUGAGUGCUAACCACUGCAACACUGUGCCACCCCAUGUGUGCACUCUAUUUUUUGUCAAUUUAACCCUUUUGUUGUCUCAAGGGUCAGAAAUGACUUGCAACUGUGUGUCACAGCAGAGAAAACCUCAGAUGUCUGUAAAGGACUGUAGAACAAAUACUGUGUGCUGCAAGUGUGAGAAAUACAUCCGUUAAGUCGCUGCAGAAAAAAGUUCAAGACUGUUGUUGUUUCCCUUCAGUUUAUCUGAACGGUGAGGAGACAAAACCCAGAUAUUCACAAGGUUUGAUAAUUGACCUGUUGUUUGUAUGCAAAAUAGAUUUUUAUGGGUUUAGGGAAGGCGGGUCCUUUUUACAGAACGAUAAGAUAACGUAUUACAGGAACUGCUGUUACGGGAACUGCUGUCAUUUCUUGUAAAUGCUGAUGGGAGGGUGAACAGGGUUCGCUGUUUGCCGUUAACAGAAGGAACCGUUCAAAUAGAGAACAAGAUGUUGAAACAGCCUGUGAACUAAACACAUAAACACCUCUAGUCUCUGUGGUUUGUUGCAUAACGUUUUAAUACAAGAUGCAUCGUUGCAAUAGUCUGAACCUUAUUUCUGUACUUCACUACAGAGCAGCACAUCCGCUCUCUACAAUUCAAACAUGGGAAACAUAAUCAACAAAUUCUUUCUUUUGUUUUCAGUCUUUUGGUUUCAACCUACCACAACCUGCGACAGUAGAACCUCGAUCCAAACAACCUGCGACAGUAGACCCUCGAUCCAAACAACCUGCGACAGUAGAACCUUGAUCCAAACAACCUACGACAGUAGAACCUCGAUCCAAACAACCUGCGACAUUACUGAGGAGUUCAGGAUUCUGAUGGUGGGGAAGACCGGAGUUGGGAAGAGCGCCACAGGAAACACCAUUCUGGGAGAAAGGAUCUUUAAAUCAGAGUUCUCUCCUAAUUCGUUGACUACCUCCUGUAAAAAGGCCUUUGGUGAAGUGAACGGGCAAAAGGUUUCUGUUAUUGACACUCCGGGUCUGUUUGACACCAGGACUGAUGCAGAGAAAACCUGUGAACAAAUAGUCCGGUGCAUGUAUUAUGCUUCUCCUGGACCCCAUGUCUUCCUGGUCGUCAUCAAACUGGGCAGAUACACAGAAGAAGAAAAGAAUACAGUGCAGAAGAUUCAGAGACUGUUUGGAGAGGGAGCAGACAGAUACAGCAUGGUUCUCUUUACCCACGGUGACCUGCUCAAAGGGAAACCUAUUGAGGAGUUCUUGAAGGACAGCGAAGACCUGAUGGAACUUGUGGACAAAUGUAACGGCCACUACCACGUCUUCAAUAACGAGGUGAAGGAUCAGUCGCAGGUCAGCGAGCUGCUUGACAAGAUCAGAAACAUAAUAUGGGAGAACGGAGGAAGCCAUUACACCACUGAAAUGUUCCAGUGGUCAGAAAAGGCGGUUGAAGAGGAAAAACAACGAAUCCUUAAAGAGAAAGAAGAGCAAAUGCACAAAGAGGAGGAGGAGCUGAAGAAGAAACUAGAGGAAAAGUUUGAGCAACAAAUGAGGGAAGUGAAGGAUGACAUGGAGAAGGAGGAUAAGUUAAGGGAAUCUCGUGAAAGAGAAAUGAAAGAGGAACUUGAACAACUGAGGAAGCAGCAGGAAUUUCUGGCAAGAUGACAGGCUGCAAUCGAGCAUUUCCUCUUCAAAUUAAGUUUUUGGCUUUGUGAUGCUGGACUGCAGCAGCCUUAAUUAACUGUUGUGAAUUAUUAAUAUUCACAUUCCAGUUUUUGGUUGUUCUCAUUGGGCCUAAUAUCAAAUAAUAACAUUUACUCAGUAAGUAUUUCAUUAUAUAGAUAUUGCAGUUAGUUUGGAUUUAAUCGUGUGAUAUUUGUUUUCCAAGAUGCAGACCUGUCGUUUAGCAGCUUGCUGUUGUGCUCCACAACGUUUCUCAAAGAAAGUUUGGAAAAUGUAUAAUUUAAAUGUCCCAUAUUUCAAAUAAAAUGCAUCUUAAAGGACUAGUGUGUAAUUUGGCAGCAUCUAGCGGUGAUGUUACAGAUGCCAACCAACUAAAACUUCACCAGGCCUCAAAAGGUUCUGGUCCUCCCUUCAGAUAGCAGUGAACCCACCCAUGAAUAAAUAA